AUGGACGUACGACGCAAGAAGAAGUUAACUUAUUUCACCAUCGGACUCCUCUUUCUUCUGAGCGGCAUCGAAUACGCUGUGAUUUUGCCGACGAUUUGGAGAUACUUGCAGACUUUAGAUGCUGCUCCGUACUUCCUGGGUCUGUCCCUCUCCGCCUUCAGCUUCACCGGGCUUCUCUCAGGGCCGCUCUUUGGGCAUUGGUCCGACCGAACACAAACCACCAAGAAGAUCAUACUUUUUGCCAAUCUCUUUGAAAUUCUUGGUAACUUCAUGUACUUUAUGGGUCUUUCAAAAUGGCUGCUUCUGGCGAGUCGACUGGUCGCAGGCAUCGGGACCGGGGCUGGAUCUGCGAUUUUUGGAUUUCUAACUCGAAGCACUCUUCCUGAGGACCGUGCGACUGUCUUUGCUGCCGUCAUGGCUUGUCGUCAAGCGGGCCUUCUGAUUGGUCCAGCGUUUAACAUCUUCCUCAGACUUUGUGAUUUUCGUCUGGGACCUUUUGUCGUCAACAAGUUCACUGCUCCCGGGCUCUUCAUGUGUGUUUUAUGGAUCCUACUUCAGAUCUUUAUUCUUUUCUUGUACUGGGACCUGCCGACAGCGGGAAAGACUCAGACUAGAGCAAAGAAAAGCAGCAGUGAGAACGACCAAGCCCUGGAUGACGAAGACCAUGAUGAUGAUGACCAUGAUGAAGCCGAGCCCCUCAUGCAUUCUCAGGAGGCCCAGGGCAGGUACGGCUCCGUGCCGCCGCCUGUCGACCACACAGAAGACGAUGUUCUCUCUCCGUCCACAGAGUCCCAGGCCUCUUCAAACCCUUUUAGGAAUUUCAGUUUGUCCCGAGAGUUCCUCAGAGAAGAGGUGGUGGUGCUGCUCGCUGCUCAGUUCAUUACUCUGUUUAAUCAGACGGCUUUAGAGACCAUGGUGACGCCGCUGACCCAGAGGUUCUUUGGUUACGGCGAGCUAGAGAACAGCAUCAUGUACUGCCUCUGUGGCGUGGAGGUGAUCGCCGGCUUCCUGUUUGUGCGGUGGUUAAGUGGGCGUGUAGCGGAGCGCGUGGUCCUCGCCAUCGGCCUCGCCAUCUGCAACGUCUCCAACGUCUGGUGCCUGGUCUUUAUGGCCUCGCCCAUCGGCGCCUCCCCAUGGCCGCUGACGGAGUUCAUCGUGGGGGUUUUCCUUCAAGUUCUGGGUUUGCCGUUUGUCGCGGUGGCUCAGGUCUCUCUGUACUCCAAAGUCACCGCAGAGAAAACACAAGGAUUCAGUCAAGGAGUGCGUCGCUCCGUGGGGGGUCUGGCCACCAUCCUGGGCCCGCUCUGGGCUGGGGGUCUGACGGACAAUAUGUACAUCAUGUUGGGGGUCAUGAUGGGUCUGCUGGCUCUCUUAUCGGUCAUGCUGGCGUUCUCCUACAGGCGUCUGGUGGAACCUGCGGCCGAGGACAACAGUCUCUCCUCAGACGACUCCUGA